AUGUUUUAUUUAUUUGUAGCGUGGUGGCUUAAAAAUUCGGGAAAUGAUGAAUACGGUGGCUUAGAUGGUGAAGAUAUCAACUGGUCUGGGCAUGCAUAUUACGAUAAAUACACAGGGAAAGGAAUCACAAUUGCCGUAAUGUCUGAUGGAGCGCUUUUCGAUCAUGUUGCAUACAAAGAUAGAGCAAUCAAAGAUCAGUUUAUUAAUAUUUAUACAAAUGAAAUCAUGUUGACAACGAAUUCAUCACAUAACAUCGCAACUGCAUCAUUAGCUCUAGCAGCAGGGAAAAGAGGUACAGAAUUUGAAGGUGUUGCUCCAGGAGCAAAUGUUGCAUCUUAUUUUUUCACAAACUAUUCCAUGCAAGCAGAACACCUUCAAACUGUGAUGUGCCAUCAGAGUUUGAAGUGGAAUAUAUCAAUCCUUCAAUAUCUUUACAUUGAGAAACCGAAUGGAUACGUUCAAUACGUUCAACCAGAAGUAAUUCCUAAGGAAAUUGCAGAUGAUUAUUUAUAUCAUCCACAAG